ACAUGGCUGCCGUAUGACAUGCGUAUCGUUGUUACUGUGUAUGCUAUAUUUCUAUAAUAAUUUCAUUUAAAACUCUUUAUAUUUACUGAUAUACACGGAUUUAUUGUAAAUGAUGGUUGUAUAGAUUCAGAUCACUGGGACAAACAUUUGUGUGGCGCUUCUCUGCAUCUGAAUUACAACGAGUUAAAGGCCCAGCAGACAGAAUGGCUACCAUUAUCGCUAAACGUGAGGGGCCACAGUUCAUCAGCGAGGUUGCUGUCAGGGGAAAUGCUGCGGUGCUCGAGUACUGUCGGACCUCGGUGUCCGCUCUAUCUGGGGCCACCGCGGGUAUCCUGGGCCUUACCGGCUUGUAUGGCUUCGUGUUCUAUUUCCUCGCCUCCUUCCUACUGUCUGUACUGCUCAUCCUGAAAGCCGGCCGACGGUGGAGCAAAUGCUUCAAAUCACGCCGUCUGCUCUUCACCGGGGGUCUCGUGGGCGGCCUCUUUACCUACGUGCUGUUCUGGACUUUCCUGUAUGGAAUGGUGCAUGUGUACUGAAGUAGUGGUAGACGUUAUCAUUCGUUAUAUGUUGAGAAAUCUCUACACAUCAGACAUCUUAAACCAAUUUAAUAUACAUGCAUACUAAUUAAUGAAUUUUGUUUUGUCGGUUUAGUAACUUUGUAUGUGAUUGUACUGAAUUGUUUAAUAUGUCCCAAUUCUCAACUGCUCCAGUAGCUGGUGUUGGGAGCCUAGCCAUACUGCAGCCCUGCACUAGUUCCCUAUUAAUUUAUAACGCCUUAGUCAAGUCCGGAAUUAAGCAUUAUUAGCAUAACUAAGUUUAUUUCCUUUGAGUGUGACACUUUUUUCAUUCCAUCUAAAGAAAGAUUAACAAUGCACCACCCAACAAGUCUUGGAUUCUAUAACGAAAGAUUGUGUGUUUCUAAGGUUUCUUUUUAAUUAAUAAAACACUCAAAUGAC